CAGUUCAGGAAAGCACACAGCCUCCAUGAUCUGACUGUGCACGAAUGGAGCAUAUUUACAGGACAAAUGGAGCUCCCGGGGUGAUUCCUACCCGUCACAGCUUUCUGUUUUGAAGCAAAGAAUUACACUAGGUCUUGAAAUCCCAAUCUUAAUGUUACAGAGUAGUGUUUCAUACAAGAGGGGCCUUUAUGUACAGGGCUUUUUGUGAAGAAGACCCUUUAGGUAAAAAGGAGAAAUCCAUCUAAUUCCUUACCAAUGGAGAGUUACAUUUCUUUUCCUCUGUUCUUCAGCUAGUCGCAAUAGAAGAAGUGACAACCAAGCCACCAAGGCAGUUAUCAAAAUGACAUGAAUACAUUUGCAAACAAAAGAUGACAGUGAGUGCACGCACUGCCUGCACGCACAGGAGGCUGCCGUGUUAGAGCUGGAGCAAGACUGGUCCUGUCCAUUCCAGGUACUGUUAGGUUUGGCAUACACAAGGAAGUACUUUAGCCCAGCAAAACGCUUUCCUCCAAAAUCCACUCAGAUCCCAAAGGCACAGCCCAUGUGCUUUAAUGCUCCCUUCACGUGCAUUCUCUUCCCCCAUGUGAGCCCGGUUCUGCCAUCGGUUCAGGCAGACACUGAUUGCUGCAGCUGGCCUAAGGAUUAGUGCACAUAUAGCAAACAGUUUUGUGAAAACAUAGAGAGGAAAAAAAGGUUACUGUUUUAAUUUAUUUGAAGGUUUACACAGAUAUGGAAGGUUGAAACAGUAAUAAUAAUCAUAACAAUAAUAAACGAUGUCUUUUUUUUUCCUCCUAGUUUCCAAAUGGGAUUUGGCACAAUUUCUCAGCUUGGUCCUGAAGCUGCAUAACCUCAUGCUUCUACAUGGCCCCUUUAAAACACAGAUCUACCCCAGCACACCUUACAUACCUAUGGUACCUUUCCCCUCACAAAGCAGCUUUGAGUGACUGCAGCCACUGUAACUUCUGAGGAAACAGUAGAAUAACAUCAUGGUACUGUAGCAACAGAAAGCCAGUCAAGUUGCCAUGACUCACCUCCCUCUGCUUUCUAGCAGGCAGCAUUUUCAUCCAGCUCCUGCCCUGAAAUUUCAUUUCCUUCAGUUUUACAGCAGUCCCACCUCCUGAAGGAGCAAUCACCAGUCUGCCUCCAGCCAAUGUUUACGCCACAGCUGCUGAUAACAAGCAAAACACUAAGUGUUGUGCUUCCACCUGCGGUGCUACUUUAGUUUGCAUUGAGAUGAGGAGAUUUUCACACGUGAAAAUUCUCAGUUAGUUGCCAGCUGCUUGAAGGGGGGGACAGCUUAAAGGGCUGCCAGGCUUCACAACUUGCAUACUUUAUUGCACCCUGUGUGCAUAAAAUAGACCAGAAGUCUGGUUUGCAAUCACUUGGGAUCCCGUUAUUAGCCUUGAUAACCUGAAUAGAAAUGUAAGAGAAAGACAGAGGCACACAGACAUGUUGUAAUAGCUCUAAAAGCUUAAAAAUGAUAUGGGUGCAUUCCUGCAUGUGCAGUGUGAAGCUAACUGCAUUCUUAAUGGACUCUGGGUCCCAAUGAGAAGAACCGUUAAUGGCUUUAUCUCUUUUCUAUGCAUAUGGGCAGCUUGAGUACUUUCCAGAAGGUUGGUGGAAACCAGCAGUUUAGCACUAUUAUAUUUUGUACAAUUAUUAAAUUGGCAUUUACAAGUACCAGGCUCUCAUCACGACAACCUGACACUGUGUGUCUGUUCAUGCAGCAUUUCGGUCAGCAAGCAACUGCACCGCAGCCAUCAACUGCUUCCAUCAGGACGCUCUCGUGGAAUAGCUCAUAACGUUGUGGUUUGCAAAUGCAAUGGAAGAGGACAAGGCUGCAGAGGAGCAGGGCAUCCUACGGCUGAACGUGCGAGGAUGUCUGUACACCGCCAGGCGGCAGUCCCUGUGCCGCUUCAAGGAUUCCAUGCUAGCUUCUAUGUUUAGUGGACGCUUUCCUCUAAAAAUGGAUGAGUCUGGAGCCUGUCUGAUUGAUCGAGAUGGAAGCUUGUUUAAAUAUCUUUUGGAUUAUCUUCAUGGAGAAGUUCGGAUUCCUGAAGAUAAACAGAUUCGAAUUGCAUUGCAGGAGGAAGCAGAUUAUUUUGGCAUCCCUUAUCCAUACAGUCUGUCUGACCAUUUGGCCAAUGAAAUGGAGACAUAUUCUUUAAGGUCAAAUGUAGAGCUUAAGAAGGCCUUGUUAGAUUUCUGUGAUUCUUAUGAUUUAGUCUGCACCAAGCCUACUGUUUGGGUCCUGCACUAUCUCAGCACUUCUGGGGCAAGCUGCGAGAGUAAAAUUAUUGGUGUGUAUGCCACAAGGGCUGAUGGGACUGAUGCAAUUAAUAAGGAGCUAGGAACAAAAAUUCAUAGUAAAAGCAUCUACAAAAGAGAAGCUGGAAAUAAUGUCCAAUACAUCUGGAGCUAUUACUCUGAAGCUGAGCUGAAAAAGAUGAUGGAUGCUUUCGGCACCUGGGAAGGAAGAGGUGUCAGCUACUGGAGAGUGCCCCAGGAGCUCAUUGAAUGCUGGACUCUUGAAGAGCGCUCUCUGAAAGGCAGUUUGCACCAUAUGCCUCCAGUUCAUAAAAGACGCUUAAUUGAUUUCUCUGAAGUGGAAGACUACAUACCAUGCAAAGUGGGUCCCAAGCCAAUUAGAUUCUCAGGUCCCUCAACAAGUACACAUAUCAAAGUCAAGAAUUCAGCUUCAUUAAAGGUAGCUGCUUGCAACACUUCACAUUCUGCAGUAACUCUUAAACGACCGAACAGUGAAAGUUUGAUACUGCACAAAGCAGCUUCUAAAACUGUGUCCACAGCAUGCGUGCCAGAGCCCAGCAAUUCCCAGGUGCCCCAUGGAAAGCAGAGUGCUGAUGACAAAGCAUCAUGUCAAAUGACUUUCAACAUCUCAGUGUCUAGAAAGCCUGUAAGCAGCCGUGCAGUGAAGCUGAAGCGAACUCCACUUUUUCUUGUGACACCGUCUCAGUCAUCAUCUGUGUCCAGUAAAACAAGUGAACAGGACAAAGCUGCUGCUGAAAUUCCUACUACUUCGAUGGUACUAAACAAGAAAGAACCAGCCAUGUUAGCAGAGAGUAUUAAGCUUAAGAGUAAUAAAGUGGAUGGAUAACAUUGGACUCAGCCUGAUAGGCUGUAUAGCUUGGGAACAUCUGGCCUAAGAACAGCUCAUCAUCUCAUGUUGUCAGUUAUUCAAGGAUUUGGUAGAAAAUCAUGGUGAGAAAGUCAGUGAAGAGCAGAGAGAGAAAUGAAGUGUAUUUUCUGAUUUUAUUUCUAAGUAUUUUUUAGAAGUUGGGAGGAAGAAACAUGGCUAAAAAAACCCUAAAACACACAGCAUGUUUAAUAUUAUGGUGUCUCAUUUAUGUUUGCAUCAGGCUGUACUACUGACCUUUUAAAAGGAAUACAUGCACAGCACAGAAGACAACAUGCUUGUCAAAUUUAAUUACAGUUGAUUCCCUUAAUCCAUAUAUUUCAAGUAGGGAAAAAACAGUAACGAGUACCAGUUAUUAGAUUCAAGUUUGUCACAAGUGUGCAAUGUAGUGAGUACGGUAAAGAUUUUAAGUUGAAUGCGCAAUACUGGUACUUUCAGAGAGGAGAAGUUGCCAUUUUAUUACUGGUAGCAAUUAAAAGGACCAUCUUUACGUGUAAACAGAAAAUUGAUAAACAGGAAGGAAGAGCAUGGUUAGGGAGUAAUAAGGCAUUUUUUCCUUAGACCUGUGACGUAUGUACACUAGUUUCCUACUGGGGUGCCAUGUGCCAUUAGAGCAAGGCUGCUGCAGGCAGUGGUGCAGCUUUCGUAUUCCGUGUUACACUGCUGUGGGAUUUCUUGUCCUCACUUGUACUAGGGUGCAUUUUGAGCAACAAUACUGAAGAGCUCCCAUAUAUUUCUAUCGGCAAAGGAAAGCAGAAUUUGGCUCUCCUUUUAAAAAGCCUUUUUGGCUGUUUAAACCAAUGCUGUUUAAGUUUCCCAAAUUUGUCUUCAUUUUGUGCAAUUGUUUGCGUGUGGUUGGGUACUGCUUUGUUGUUGCUAAUGCUUUUGCAACACAGUAAAUACAGCUGGCCUUAGAUGUUGAGAAGUCCUAUCACAUUGCCAAAAUGAAAUGUACUUAGAAUUUACUUCUCUAAUUCUUUUAUUUUCUAGGUUAUUUAGAAGAAAUCACAUUUUUAGGCUUUUCAUCAUAACUGCAAGGACUUGAAAUUUCAUUUGCAAAGUAAAAAAGAGAAACAGCAAAAUUUUCAUGUACUAACAUACUCUUUGAAAAAGAGACAUUUUGCCAUGAAUGAUAGUUACGUUAAAGGUGAGCAGUAUUGCAAUUUUCUGCUAUUCACAUGUAUAUUGAAGACCAGCCUACCUUUAAAAUCUUUGGACUACUGUAGUAAGCCUAAAAAGCCACAAUGCCAAGGCUCUCCCUAUCCCACAGAAGAGAUUCACUUGAGACCAGAAAAGCAGAAAUUAAGGGAGAUACUAACAAUGAAACUUGUUCUUUGAGCGUGCAAUUCAUCGACACUAUGUAUACCGAACAGUCUGAUUGAAAAGCAGUUUUUAAAUAACUAUCUUCUGUGUGACUUUUAUUUCAGUACUUACUGAAUAGCUGAGCCCUUUAUUGUAUACAUUUAGGUCCUUUUACAAUGAUUCCUCUUCAACUUUGGAUGAAUUUAUAGGCUUCUUUUGACAUCAUACAAAAGCUCACAUGUAUGGAUUCUUGCAGAUUUAUAAGAGUAAGACUGAUCCUGUCAGACUUCCUAAGCCUGUGCUAGUUCAGGGUUUGUCUAAUCAUUCUGGUAGUACAGUAUUUUUCAUGUAACAUUCGUAUCAUUUGCAUUCCAGUGGCUUCAUUGAGUCUCAGCUUUGUCCUAGGCACACUGAUGUGUGGUUUAAAACAUUAAAAAAACAACAACAACAACAACAAAAAUCACUCCCUUUAAUUUCAGCAGAUGAAAUAGUGACUGACAGUAGCUGUGGUGGGGAGGUAGAGCAAGUUUUUUAUUUGUUUAGAGACUUGACUUUUUGACUGGAUGAGAAACAAACAUGGCUUUUUAAGUAA